GAACAGAAAACAUUAUAAUGUGGGUAUGAACCACGGUAUAAAUUUCUCAAAUUUAUUAACAAAAUUUAAUUUAUAUCCGAGUACUAAUCAAAAAUAUAGGUAAUAUUGAUAAUUGAUUUUUAAUUAACUAUAAUUUUUAAACAAACUCAAAUUUUUUAAAAAAAUGUCAUGUCAUACAAGUAGAAAAUAUUAAUAAUAUAGUACUUAUAUACAUUUUUGUUUUUGUGAUGUUCUGAAAACAAUUUUACAAAAGUAUCUAAAUUUAGGUUCUCAGACAUUUUUUUUCUAUGUUUAUUGAAGCCAAAUUAUUUAACAAUCUUUUGUCAUUCGAUUCCUCAUGUAAUUUUUCAGACAUGAAAAAGUUCUUUCGCAUGCAGCACUGGGUACUAAAAUAGUUAUAAUAAUAGCUAAUCUAUAGGUUUCAUUGAAUGUAAACUUAUACUUUUCAAAUAGUUCUAUUAGAUUCAUCAAGUUGUUUAUUUUAACAGUAUAUUAAAUUUAAUAUUUUUUAAUUGUUGUUGGUAAAAUGUUUAGUUCUGCCUUUAGAUCUAGUUUAUUAGGUUAGUUUAUUAAUGUCUAUAACAGCGAUUCCCAACCUAUGAGCCGCAGCCCACUUAUGGCCCGUGGUCAAAUGUGGUUGGGUUGUUGGGAAAAUCGAAAAAUGACCUACUCUAAAGUACCUUACCAGUCAAAUUUUCUUUUAGAAAAAUUGCUAUCAUUAUAAAUUGGAGCGAGAUUUCUGGUAGAAAAGUUGCGCACAGAUAACAAAAAAAAAAAAACAUCUUUGUAAAACUAUAAGCUUCGCUCCAAUCAAAAUCUAAAAUAUAUUGUGCAUAUGUACAUUUGAAAUUUAAUAUUUAUAUAAAUAUUAUAAAAUAAAUGAAUCGUAUAGAUCACAUGACUGACGGCUACCUCAUGGCCAAAGAUGGCUCCCUUCACGUCCUACAUAUAGAAGACGUAACACUCAUUACUAUCAAGCACAUACUUUUCGAAUGCUCCCAGUACAAUGCGAAAUGAAACUAAAUAGGUAUUUGUUUCGGAAACAAAUGUCCAUCCAUUUUUUUUUAAGAUUUUUGUCAAUUGUAAAUCUAUAAAGUAGAUUAUUAUUUGUUAUGUACAUUUAAGAACCAAAAAUACUAUAACAGUGCAAAUAUAAUGUACUUUUAAUAUUUUCAAUAAUAGUGUAAUUACUAUAUUAUAUUUUUGUUAGUAAUAUAAAUUAUCUAGUCCUUAACAAAAAUUGCCACUGGUAGCGUUCUUUUCAGCGCUCACUUUUCAUGAGCCAGAUUAAAGUACAAAAAUUGCCAAUCACAUUCAAGCGCUAGCGGUUAGUUUAAGCAUGAAGAAGUUUCAUCGAACAACUGAUAAGUGCUCGAUGCGAAUCCUAUGAAUCUUAAUUCGUGGUGUGACCAUCUUAUCUAUAGUCGUGCCCAAAGAUAUACAAUACUGUAAUCCGCAGAUACAUAUAUAUAUAUAUAUAAUAUAAUAUUAUAAUUUCCUUAGAUAUUAUAUUAAUAUAAUUUAUAUUUAUCUGUGCUAUAAUCUGUGAUAAUAUCUUAAACCGUGAUAACCAUUCUAUGUAUACCUUGGUUAUAACUUCAGUGCGUAGGUACCCGUGUGACAACUGACAAGCGCAAUGUUUUUACAGUAUUGUUUUCCAUAACGACCGAUUUAUUAAAUUUGUGUGCUGUUCCGUAUUAAUGUUUUCGUAGUUGCAUUCUGUUUAUUUUUUUUCAUUUCAACAUUUGGAAUUAUUGUUCUACACUUAGGAGCCAAAAGACGUGAUAUAAAAAAUACCGUUCCUUACUCGUCGCCAAUGACACAGAUUACUGGGUGAGUGAGUCGUUCAUGUAUUAAUUUUGUUCUCAUAGCCACCGGGAUAGAAAAUUAAAAAACGAAUACUGUAUUCGGUAAUCUAUAAUCACGGUUCAAGAUCAAUAGAUAGAGGUAUCUUCAAUCUUGUAUAGUGUCUUCUGGAAGCAAUACUGUUGAUACCUAUCGCUGCGUAUAGGUAUGAUACUCUCGGUGGUGGGGUGGCGAUAGUGAGUAGGGAAAGAAUAAUAACAACUGCGGACAAGUUGAACGGAUGAUAAAUAACUAUGUUCGGUUGAAUGGAAUGUGCGUGCGUGGCACAACAUUGGCGAACAGAGGCGACGACGUGCGGCCUCGUCGACGAGUAUGUCGUACGGAUUGGGUCGCGGUCGUACGUUGUUUUUCGGUGGGUAUUUUGUGUUGCAGCAUUUGUAUUGCGUGACGUUGAAUUUAUCGAGCUUAAUUCGGUGACAAUUGGCGACUAACCGGGUAUGUGCCACGGCGUUGUUUUUAAUAAUAAAUCGUGGCCUUGGCGCCAAUGAUCGUUCGUGCUCGUUUACGUCGUAUUUGACGGCUUUGUUUUUGUUGUUAUCGAUAAGACUUCAUUUAGAUUUUGGACCAUUUAUAUCUCCCAACAUAACUAGUUACGGGUACCGCCAGUACUUUACUUUGUUUCGGUAAGUGAGUAAGUAGGUAGGUAUUCGUUUAAACCUUGUUUGGAUUCUGUAAUUUUGUCACUCCUCAUACAUAAUGGAUAUUUAGCUCAAUAUCAUCAAUUAUCGGGUAGACUUUAUCUUCUCGGAUGGUUAUUCGAUUACAAUUUGUCACAAUCUCGUAUCUUUCUUUUAUUAUUAUUCAGAUGUUUUCAUAUGCUUAAUUAAUAUUUAUGCUUACAAAUUGUAGGUACUUUGUUUUACAUUAUUUCAUUGAAAUACAGUAUUUUAUGGUAUAGUUUAGUGCUUUUCAUGUUUAAUAUUGUUAUAAUUUUAUAUUUUAGAGUAAACAAUACAAUCAUCAUGGGACGUCGUUCCGGGCCUGGUUCUUCUGCCAGAACUCGUGAUGCACAACCCUUACCAUUAAAUAUACAACACAAUUCAUUAACAACAAAUGAUCGAAGUGGUGUAUCACAACAUGAUGAACUUAUUAAUUUUGUUGGUGAUUGUAAGUAUAUUCAUCUAAUAUACUCAAAUACAUUUUAAAAUACUACUAGGUACCUACAUGUUGUUGCCUAGUAUAAUACCGUAUAAUACUUAGGUAUGAAAAUGUAAUACAAUUUCAUUUUAGUAGAAUAUAUUAAAGUUAUGUAUACUUCAGUACACUCUGAACUGUACAUACACUACAGUAUUUGAAAUUAUAAUUUAUUUGUUUAUACCUAUCUACUUCUAAUAAAUAGUAAUUAAUAUGAAUACAAAUAAUAUUUUAUUAGUUUUUUUUUUACGUUAGACAUAAGUACUUAUAUACUAUAUUUUCGGUAAAAUAUCGCAAAACCAAUAUAUCGCAUGGAAUAAAUAUUGCCAAUAUAAAAUAUAGCAGUAAUUUAAUUAUAAAUUAAUAAUAUUGAUUAUUGAUUGAUAUUUUAUAAUAGUUAUAAAUAAUUUUAUGUAUUUUAAAGUAUAUAAUAUUGUUAUAUUAAUAUAUAGUAGAAUUGAUAAAAAUAUGUAUAAUAUAAUACAAUUGAUAUAAGUAUUGUAAAAUGUAUAUUAAUUAAUGGAAGUAUAUAUUAAAUGAAAUACCUUAAAGAUAAUCUUCAAACUCUCGAUUAUGAUAAUCUGCUACUUCUUUCUUUACUCAUUCAUCCAAACUGACUGUCUUGUUAUUUUUAUUCGGCGUAUUUGAAUUUCCUAUUAUACUUUGACCUAACUUGUCCUUCUGUUAGGUUUUGUUGACAUCUCAAAUAAUUUAAUUUAUUAAUUGAAGUAAUUGCAUUUGUAUUUUAUAAAAAUAACAGGCAAUAAUAAAAUAUAAUAAUAUUUCAUAAUUAAAUAAAAAUAUGUAAUUGAAACUAUAUACAAAGCUCAAAUAAAAAUGGACUAAAAACUAAAACAUAAAAUGUUAUAAACUGUAAUAUUAUUUAUCUUACCUUGAAGUCAGCAUCAUAUUUUUCUUUUGUAAAAGUAUAUACAUUAUGAACUACUAAAUUUUUGUAUUUUGCAGUUUUUAAAAAAUUCAAUUCCAUUUAAAAUAAAAAACCCUAAACUGUAAAAGCAUCCGUCACAGUGAUAGUACAAAGUAUUACUAUUUACAAAUUAUAAAAUGAAAAACCAGUAUACUUGAAUGGAUUACUAGGUAAAAGGAAUAAGAUACAAUAAAGUUAAAUGUAAUAUACAGGCGUGAUAAUGUACGGCGGUAUUAUUUUUUUACAAUAUAUUGGUUUGGCAAUAUUUUACUGGUUAUAUUUUGUCGAGGUACCUUAUAGUAUACACCUAUAUUCGUAAAUUAUUGUUGUGUUCAAUACAAUAUAUGCCUAGUAACAAGUAGGUAUAGCUAGACAGUGAAAUUUAGAUUUACUGUGAACUCUUUAUACAUGAAAGUUAUUUUUUUCUGCCUGCAUAAAUAUGUUUAUUUUUAUAAUUUAUUACCUAAUAUUAUUUAUUAAUGUUUGAUGGUAAUAAUUAAUUGUUGUAGUACCUAUUAAUACUUUCAUACCAUAAUAAUGAUAUUGAUUAUAUUUAUAUUUUACUGAACAACUAACAAACUAUGUUGUAUGGUUCAGAGUGUUGGAGGGUAGACAGAAAUAUAGAACAGAAUAAGUGUAACAGAAAUGAGAAUGCUUAGAUAAAUGAGUGGAGUGAGUAGAGGAGAUAUGAUAAGGAAUUAGUACAUAAGAGUUAGUUUAGGUGUGUCUUAAAUAGUUUGGCCAUAUUACGAGGAGAGAAAAAUCAGAAGUACUAAGAAUUGAUGGAGAGUAUAUGCUAGGACAAGGUGGGGAUCAAGCUAAGUGAAAGUUUAGAAGUUAAGAAAGUUUAGUGGCCGACUUCAAAUAGUUAGGAUUAAGGCUAAGGAGGAGAAGAAGAAAAACUUAACAAAUUAUAAAUUCAAAAUAAAAGUGUAUGUGGUUUACCAAAAUAGACAAAAUUUUUGUUAAUCCUGAUACUUGAUAAGAUGUGUAUGAUCAGAGUCGUGCCUAAGAGAUUUAAAAGUGCCCACUCGCUAAGCGCUAUGACUACAGGGGUGCCAAUGAAAAUUUUUAAAAUUUCGUAAUUAAACUUUUUUUACAAUAAAUGUAUAGUCUGUCCCAACAAACAGUUUUUAACUUUUUGUGUUUUUGUACAUCGGUAAAUUUGUCUGGCAUCGGGUGCCGAUUUUGCUAGGCCCAACACUGUAUGACAUAUAUACAAUAUAUCUUUGGGCUUUUAUUCAUAAUUUUUUUCUUUUUGAUUGAAAUGUUAGCAGUUACCAUUUUAACUUGUAUAGCAGAAGAUCUUGCACGAGAUAUUAAUUAUUAUUAAUUUAAACCAGGUAUUUUAUUUUUAUUUUGCAAUGAAUACAAUGAAAGUAAAAGACUUCUAUAGGUAUUAUACAAUAUACAUGGUACAAAUAUAUAUUUAUAUUAUCUUCAUCAAUUUAGUUUGUAAUAAUGAAUUAUGAUGUUACCUGUGACGGCAAAUUAAAUUAACCUGCUAGGAUAAUGAGUAGGAUAAAAAUGUGAUUUGAGUAUACUGUAACUAUUCUCUAAUUAACUUAUGCUAUACUCGCAUGUGCUAUCUCAGUCUUACUAACUGGCAUUAUAGCAAAAUCUACACAGACUGCAUAGAACUCAUUUAAUUUUGGUUUUAGAGUAAAAUCACCUAUUAUAAAAUUAUAGAGGACAAGACAAUGUGUUUUUAUUAUUAUUCUAAUUAUUUUUUCGGAUACAUUAUUUAGAAAUAAAUCUAAAUCAUUGUUUUUAAUUGACUGAUAUAUUUUUCAAAAUUAAUUUUAAAAAAGAAACACAUUGUCUUUCCCUCUGGAAUAUUGUCCUCUUUUAAAUUUAUAAUACAUGAUUUUACUCUAAAACCAAAACUAAGAGAGUUCUAUGCAGUCUAUGUAAUGUAGAUUUUGCUAUAUUGCCUGUUGGUUGGACUGAGACAGUACAUGCAGGUAUAGUAUUUUCUUAAGAGUACACUGGCACUGGUUUGUGCAUACGCGAUUGAUAGUUGUACAUUGCCAUAUCCCUUAAUUAAUUGAUUGGAAACAAUUAUUAUGCCGUGUAUACAGCAAGUGAUUAUAUUUACCCCUAAAUAAAUCAUUACUUGUUAUAAUCAGUUCAACUCUUGAAUAAAGAAUUAUAUAACCAGUACGGUAGUACAUUUAAUUGAAUUUUGAUUUUAUUAUAAAUAAUGAAAUAAAUACAUUAUGAUUGUUUACAAAUUAAAAUAAUAAAAUGUAUAAAAAUAAUAUUAUGACUCAUAUUUGUUUACAAUUAUGUAUUACAGAAUUAAACAGCAUUUUCAAAUUGAAUCUGAAUUAAUGAAGUUUCUUCAGUGAUAUUCGUAACUAUUUUUUCAGUUACAGUGGAUAAUAUGUUCUUCUUUUUAGUGUGGUUUAUGAAAUUGUUCCAUUUUUUCAAACUUGUACGGUUAAAACAAAAUGUUAUCAAUGUUCUGUUCACUACAUCUGUAUAUUAUGUGUAUCGGCAGGAUCAUGGUGAUAGAACAGGUGGUAGCAGUGGUUGGACUAUAUGAGUGGUGAGUGAGUGGAUGCAGAGGUACUGAUAACCGGUAGUGGAAAAGUAUGCGCGGACAUGAUGUGUUUUUUUGUCUGUUACCUGGUGUACUCUCAAGUUAAAUAGAGUAUAAGAUAUUCAGGAAAAAUAUUUCCAUAGGUAGGUGACACACUUAACGCUUAAUAAUAAUGACAGUAGAUCAUAGUACCUAUUAUUGCCAGACAUAUUUUUAUAAUAAAUUUAAAAUCUCAAUUCUAAAAUAUUUUAAAUUUAAGGAUAGGUUUUAAUAUAAACUUGUUUAAUAAUAUUUUUCAUAGUUAUACCUAACAGUUACUUAAUAGUUAGAUAAUUAACAUUGUUGUUCAAAUCAAAUCAUUUAAACUAAUUUUGUUUUAGCAUGGAAUGUAAUAUUUCAAGAAUAUCAAAAUGGAUCCCAAGGAAAUAAUGGUAAAUGUUUUAUGAUUAUUUAAAUUAAUUGUGUUCAGGGUAUAUGUAUAUUAUUGUUUAAUACAUAUUUAUUAUUACUAUGACUUCUAUGAUAGAAUAGAGAUAGUAUACAUGUUUUUUAGAGCUUGUGUAAUAAUAUAAUUUUAUUGAAAUUAAACUUUAAUUAAACAUUAAACAUGUUAAAUAAUUAUACAGCCAAACUUGGUUAUCACGAAGUUGAAGGGACCAGAAAAAAGGUUGAGUUAUUCAAAUUAAAAAAAAUUGUGUAUGGUCAUGUUGAAAUGUAAUGGAGCACUGAAUAUUGAAGUGUAUAUGAAUGUUAGUAGAUUAUGAAUCGUUGUGUAGUAAACCAGUUACUACUUAUUAGUAACGAUAAUACUAAUGACCUUAUUUUCAAUAUUAAAUGUACAUACACGAGGGAAAUACAUAUCAUAAUUUUGAAACUAUAAAAUCGAAACUUUGAGUUAUUCACGAAAAUAUUCGAGUUUUUUUGGUAAUUGAUGCAAUUAACUCGGUUGAGCUUUUUUUUUUAUAUGCACAGGAUAUAAACUAAUUGCAUUACUCAAUAAAUGACAAAAAUAGAAUUCAUUGAAAAAAUAAUCAAGUAUAAGAGAGAAAACAUUUUUAUAAAGUGGAUCAAAACUAGAAUUUUGAAAAUGUCAGAAAUAUAACUGAUACUUGUGGUUGAUCAGCAAGUAUUUGCUUUGGAAUGUGUAUUUUGUUAAAAACUGUUAAGAUAGAGCUUAUCCGAGUACCGAGCUUAUAAAGAAUAGAGCUUCUGAUGUGGGUGUUAAUGAGAAUUAGGGUUUUGAGACCAUAUGUUAGUUUGAUAAACUCUAAGAAGUGUGUGUGCAAUAACACAAGAUUUUGGUAUUAGAUUAGAUAUGUAUCAGGGGUUGGCUGUGAACUCUUACUCAUUUUCUGUUGUAAUGGAUGAAGUUAUGAAGGAAAUAUAAGACGAGAUACAAUGUUGCAUAUGAUAUAAUUUUGAUAAGAGAUUUGGAAAAAGUUGAUAAUAGGCUUAAAACAUGAAAAGUAGCUCUUAAAGGAAAGCGAUUAAGGGUUUUUUUAUUAGCUUUUAGUAACAUUAUAACUGCUCAACGAUUAUAAUUUAGGACUGAAGUUAAAUAGAAGUAAAUCCGAGUAUGUCUUGUUUUUAAUGGCAAUUAGCAGUAACAUAAUAUGUAAGGUUUAGAGUUAGAUAGAGUUUUUUAAGUACCUAGGAUUUUUUAUACAAUAGAACAGUGAUUUCGACAAAGAUUAAAAACAGGAUUAAGUGUGAUUAGAUAAAAUGGAAAAAAUUGUCAGAUAUUUUAUAUGACAAGAUAAUUCCAAUGAAACUUAAAGAUAAGUUCUUUAAGACUGAUGAGACCCAUUAUAUUGUAUGAUAGACAGGAAAUAGAGAAAGUAUGUAGCAGAGAUGAGAAUAGUUGGGUAGAUAAGUAGAGUAACAAGAGAAGAUAGGAUAAGAAUACAUAAAAGGUAGCUUAAGUAUGGUUUUGAUAGUGGAUAAAAUGAGAGAAAUUAGAUUAAGAUGGUUUGGGUAUGUCAUGAUGAGAGAGAAAUCAGAAACAACAAGAAAUGUAUUAAAAAUGUAGGAGAAAAGACAGAAUUAGGAAAACCAAAAAAAGAAAUGAUUGGAUGCGAUUGAUAAUAUAUGAGGCCGACAAAGGAUGUAUACGAGGGCAAUAUGGGGAAUUGGGUCAAGUGUAAGUUUGGGACGAGGUUGGUCAACCUCUACCACAAAUAGUUAGGAUGAGGGUAAAGAAGAAGACAUUGGAAUCUGUAUAGGUUAUAAUGAUCUUAUAAUUCUUUUAAUAUUUAUUGAAGUUUUCUAAAAAAAUAUAAAAUUAUUUGGUAGAAAUGUAGGACAACGUGAAAGAAGAAGGAUAGAUAAAUCUUUCGAUUUAUCGCUGAAUACAAUAAAAAUAACUUUGUGUAGUCGAGUAAAUGUAUAUAAAAUCAAAAUAUGUAUCUGAAGGUUAUGGAAGAAUAGCUUAGUUAUAAUAUAUAGACAUGUAUUUAAAACAUUUGUAAAUUUAAGUAAUUUAAUUAUCUUUUCUUAAUUAAUUAAUUUUAUUAAUUAAGUUUUUUUUUUAGGUCGUUUUCAUAUACAAUUCUACGAUGAAGGACAUAGUGAAAAACUAAAAGGUAUUAAAUUUUUGUAUACUACUAGAUCCCCUGGUGUCCGGUUAUUUAUUUACACCAAUUCCAAAUUUUUUAUUGAGCAAGAAAAGGAAUUAAUUAAAUUACCUUAGUGCAAUAUCUACCCUUUCCUCUUCGUGAUACAAUUUAUUAUUAGGGCGAAAAUCAGAACAAUUAAACCAUGCAAACCAUUAGUUUUACAAAUAUGUAUUUAAAUGAAAUCAUUAUAUUAAUUUAGGUUAAAUUAUCAAAAAAAGGAAUAAUAAUAUUAAUUUACUUAUCUCCCUUUUACUACCACCUCUUCUCAUUCACCAUCAUUCAUCCCUAUUAUUUUAUUAGUAAAAAAAGAAAAGAAAGGAAACUUGACUGAACCAAAUUAAAUAAUAUUUUUUAUCUGUGUAACCAAGAGAAUCCAAAAAAAAAAAAAUUAAUUAAUUUUGCGUCUUUAUAUAAUAGCUAGUAGUAUAGAUAGUUUAUUUUAGAAUAUACUUAUUAUAAUAUAACUGAUUAUAUUUGUUUACAGUAUUUACACAUACCUAAUUAAAAUCUUAAAUUUUGCCAUAUUUAUAAUUUGUGUGUGUUAGCUGUUAUUAUAAACAGUUUGACUGGUUUUUGUGUAUUGUAUGAGAAUGCCACAUCGGUAUUUGUUGUUUUUGUCUAUUCAAUAAACAAUGUAGCAUUAACUUGUUUUUGUACUUUCAGUUCAAUUAGUUUUUAUGAUAAGUUUGUCAUAGAAAUGUUAUUUUAGUGCCGAAAUAAACAAGAAAUUAUACUAAAUUUUAAACCAGUAGAAUCAUUUAGAAUUUAUUUAAGUACAAUUUAUCUUGUUUAUUUUGGUUCUGAAAUCAAGUAUAUCUGACUAACAAGGUAUGACUAUUAUUUAAAGAAUAAAAGUAUGUUUUUGCUACAUUUCCUAUUAUAAAAAAGAAUGGCAAAUACUACUAUUGCGUCUCAUUAACUUUUUUUGUAUUUAUUUCAGGAUUUAAGCCCUUUGAUUUAGAAGCUUGGUGGGGUAAACAAACUAUCCAACGAUAUCAACAACGUUCCUAACAAUAUAACUGUUAUUUGUAAUGUAUUAUUCAAUUCAAUAUUUUCUCCCAAUUAUGUAAUAAACAAAAGGUUUAUGUUUUAUUAAUAUUAUCCACCUCAAAUAGGAAUAUAAUAAUAAUAAUCUAUGACUUGCCAUAAUAUUUUUAUAAUUAAAAAUUGUAUUUAUGAUUGGCGGAAAAAAAUAUUAAUAAUCAAGUAUUAUUUAAUUUAAAAUAUAUAUUUUUUUUUUAUUUAAUUUAUUAUAAUAUCAUGUACAUACAUUUUCAUUUAGCUAAAUAGAGAUUGAUUAAAUAAAAAUAUUCUCAUAAAUAAAUAUAACAUUCCGAGUAAUAGGAUAUUUCAGAAUAGGUUUUAUGAUUGUUAAGUUUCUUAUAUAGUUUAAAUUGCAUACAAUUUAUUCAUAUUCAAUUAAUCUAUUACCUAUUUUUUAAUGAAAAUUGUAUUUUUUCAUAUUUUGACUAAAAAAAAACCUAAUUAUUGCAAUAAAUUUGUUGGAAUUUCUUCACAUUCUUAUUUGUGUUGAACUAUAUUUAUGUAGUUAAUUUAUUAUUGUAUUAUUCAUUAAGUAAAUGUACCUGUAAUAACAAAGUUAUAUUUAUAUAUUUUAUACAUAAAAUAGUAUUAAAAUAUAGUUUACUUAUAUACAACAUUUUUUCUUAAAAUAAAACAGAUAGUACAUUAAGAUUUAUAAUUUUUUUCCUUUUUUUUUUUUAAAUAUAAUAUUUUUUACUGACA